UCUCCUCUCUCACCGGCUUCCUCCACACCCCCGCCGGCGUCAUCUGCCGACCUCGCUCCCUCGCUACGACGGCGGCAACUCGCGCCUCUUCUCUCCGAUUUUUUUGGAACCAGGCUAAGAUGGCGAGCAGGCAGGAGCCUUGGACCAAGCUUGCACACAGUAAGAAGCAACCGGGAUGGGUUGCGUACAAUCCGAGGACCAUGAGGCCUCAGCCACUGGGCGACGACACCAAGCAUAUGAAGAUUCUGUCCUAUAAUGUCAAUGGGGUGAGAAAUGUUGCGAUGUCAGGACAGUUUUCUGCCCUAGCCCAGAGGGAGAAUUUCGAUGUAUUGUGCCUCCAAGAGACUCAUUUGAAGGAGGGCGAUGUGAAAGAUUUCAAUAAUCUGAUUGCAGGGUAUGACUACAGCUAUUGGUCAUGCAGUGUCGCAAGGCUUGACUAUUCAGGGACUGGAGUGAUUUCAAGGAUAAAACCAAUCUCUGUCCAGUACGGAAUUGGCACAGCAGAACAUGAUCAGGAGGGCAGGGUAAUCACUUUGGAGUUUGAUAAUUUCUACUUGGUCAAUGCUUAUGUCCCAAAUUCUGGCCGUGGUUUAAAGAGGCUGCUCUACAGGGUUGAUGAUUGGGAUCCAUGUUUCAGCGAAUUUGUAGAAAAACUGGAAAGUUUCAAACCAGUAAUUGUUGCUGGUGACCUCAACUGUGCUUGUCAGGAGAUGGACAUCCAUAAUCCUCCAAUGAAAACUGACGAUGCAGGUUUCACGGAAGAAGAGAGGCAGUCAUUUGAGAUAAACUUUACUAUGAGAGGCUUCGUUGAUACCUUCAGAAAGCAGCAUCCCAACGCUGUGGGCUACACCUUCUGGGGAGAAAACCAGCGGCGUAACAACAAAGGUUGGCGAUUGGAUUACUUUCUGGCGUCAGGAUCCAUCAUUGACAGGGUACAUGAUUCGUACAUUCUUCCCGAUGUAACAAACAGCGACCACAGUCCAAUUGGCCUUGUGCUGAAGGUCUAGGCAGGUCUAGGCACCGACGAGACUCUCAGUUGCUGGGGAAAUGCUUCGUCAGGUUGAAACGUUCAGAGCUGUGGUAGUGAUAGUUUGCAUUGUCAUCUUAUGGCACCGAUGAGACUCUUUUUCUGGGGAAACGAUUUGCCAUUCUGAAAUGUUUCAGAGCUGGGGCAGUGAUAGUUUUCAGUCAAUCUACAGUAAUCUGAUUUCUUCAGAGACCUUGCGUAUCUGUUAUCCAUGUUGGGUUAAGUACUUCUUAUGCGCUAAUUCUUUCUUACGCAACAUUCUCAUUCAAAUUUUGCAAUGAAAGGGUCAAUGAAAUCUUUACCA